AUGUCGAGAAGACUAAGAACCGCGCCACAAGGGCUCUGUGACAGAGUGUUAUUUUUCCAUCAUCAAAAUCCUGAAGAUAUCUUUGGCGGAAUCUCUGACCGACGCGACGAGAACUCAAAGGGGAGCAAGAGCAAUGUGUUUGAGGCAGAGGUUGUCCUCAAGAGCGUGAAGUACCUCGGUCAGCAGGGAUAUGGAACCGACAAGCUGGUCGUGUUGUCUCCCCAUUUUGAGUCAGCUGAGUCUAUUGCGACAGUCUCUAAGCAAACAGAAUGA